AUGCCUUGUUAGAGUGUUUUUUAAGGGAAAAGGAUAAAAUAAACUUGUGAGACCUACAAAAGCAGAUUCAUAAUAAAAACAGAAUAAAGAAAGUGAACAUCAUCAGUGAGACAAAGUGAUAAAGUUGCAAAAGACACAGCGCAUAAGCCAUCUCUCUCAUUUCUUUUCUUUAUUUAUUUGGACCCCAAUUUUUCAAUUCAUAUAGGAGGGGAGCUCAUCAUUCCACUCUGUUAAAUCUCUGAUUUGGUGGUUCCCUUCAUGCUUGACAUCAAAGCUUUCAUUCAAUCAUUUUCAAUGCCUCUUCCUUGGACUUUUAAAUUAAAGAUUUGGGGUUUUCAAGAAAAUCUCAGAUAGCUCUCUCUGUUUGUAGGUGAGUAUUUGUUGUUUUCUCUAUUUCAAGAAUUUGGGUGUUUCAAGAAUCCCUUUCUCCUGCCAUUUUACUUCUUUGGGAGUGGUGAGUUUCAACUCUUCUUUCUUUGUUUCUUGACCACUAUACUGUUAAAAGGUUUGAUCUUUUCUUUUGUUUGCUGUCCUUUUGGAGAAAGAAAGAAAGAAACAAUUUGUUUUUUCUUUUUAUCAGAGUGGAAAAAAUUAACUCUUUGAUGUUUUGUCCUAAUUAGUAUAUGUUCGUUCUUAUGAUCAAAGAGUUCCUUAGUUCUGUGUAGUCAACCUGAUUUCAAUUUCAUCAUCCCUUAAGUAAAAGAAAAUGCAGAACUUCCCCAUGAUAACGCAUAGCGGAUGUUGUAAAUGCCAUAUAUUGAAUUAGUUAGGCAUUGAGUCUUUUCAAGAAUGGCUGAAAUUAGACUGACAAAGGUAGAACAAGGCCAAACCAAAAUUAGGAAUGUUCCAAUUGCUGUGACCCCAGAGGGUUUCUGGUGUUGUCCCUCUCCCAAUGUGUUUCAGAAGAGCCUUAAAACACCGAAUCCUUUAAACAAGCCCAAAGCUCCACUUCCUACAACUCAAACCCCAGCUCACAAGAAACAAACUUCAGUAACUGAGAAAAGACCGGCUAGUGCUGCACCUAAGUCGGGUGCUGUUUCUGAUGAAAAGCGAGGUGUUAGUUCUGAUACACCUAGUGUUACCACAUCGGUGCCUGCAGAGAGAACGCCUCGGUCCAAGACUGAAAGUGUACCAAGGAAAGUGUCGAUUGAGUUUGGUGAGCCUGGAACUAGUGAUCUUAGGGUGAUCUUGCUAGGAAAGCAGGGGUUUACUGUGAAGUUGAAUGUUCACAAGAAUAUUCUGGUUGCAAAUAGCAGUUUUUUUGCAAAUAAAAUAUCAGUACAGCAGCCAGUUUUUCCUUGCAUUGAAAUUGAUGAUUGUGAGGAUGUUGAGAUAUGUGUUGAAACCAUUGGCCUCAUGUAUUGCAAAGAAAUGAAGCAGCGGUUGAUCAAGCAAAGUGUUUCUCGUGUUUUGCGUAUUAUCAAGGUAGCGGAACAACUUGGAUUUCAAUCAUGCAUGCAGUCAUGUUUAGAGUAUUUGGAAGCAGUACCGUGGGUUGGGGAAGAAGAAGAGGAGAAAGUUGUUUCCUCGGUCCUACGGCUGCAGAGUGAGGGAAUUGGGGUGACCCCUGUGUUAAAGAGGGUGUCAUCUGAUAUUUCAAAGCCUCACAAGGACACAUUCUCGCAUAUCCUAGAGCUGGUGCUCAAAAGUAAUGAAGAGAGAGGCCGCCGGGAAAUGAAAUCUGUUGUACUGAAGCUUCUCAGGGAAAAUAACUGUCUUCCAAGUUCCUCUGGCUCAGUUGACAGUUACAAUGAAAUAAUAUAUGGCUCGUGUAGAAGUUGCCUGGAUUCAAUAUUGAUUCUGUUCAAACAAGCAGCUGAACCUGUGUUUAGCAGCAAUUCUACUGAUUGCAGAGAACCAGUAGUGAAGCAGAUGGUUCUUGAGGCUGAUAACCUCUCUUGGAUGCUUGAAAUUUUAAUUGACAGGCAAGCAGCAGAUGAAUUUGCGGUGAUGUGGGCUAGCCAGCAGGAAUUGGCGUCUCUGCAUACUAAGCUACCUAUUGUGUCUCGCCACCAUGUCAGCUGCAUCACAGCAAAGCUUUUUGUAGGUAUAGGAAAAGGGGAACUUCUGCCUUCAAAGGACACACGUAACCUCUUGUUACAGACGUGGUUACAGCCAUUGAUCAAUGACUACAGCUGGUUGCAGCAUGGAUCCAGGUCGUUUGACCGAAAGGUUGUGGAGGAAGGAAUUGGCAGGACAAUCCUAACACUACCUCUGGAGGAACAGCAGAGCAUUUUGCUUUCUUGGUUAGGCAGUUUCCUCAAGUCAGGUGAUAAUUGUCCAAAUCUACAGAGAGCAUUUGAAGUCUGGUGGCGUCGUACAUUUGUCAGACCCUAUGCAGAGACAGGAAGUACCCGCCCAUUAGACCAUGUUACGACUCCAAAGGUAACAGAACAUUAGAAGUUUAUGGUAUCAUUUAAAAGGAAAUUGUUGAAGAUCAGUGUUUAGUUGAAUUGAAGGAGACUUCUGUUGUAUGCAAUGAAGAAAGCUCGGGGGCUCUGUCAAAUCAAGGAUAAAUUACUCAUCUAUGUAAGGUGUCUAACUGAUUCCUUGUGUGAAUCAUGUAAAUUUAGAGUAUCAUUUGAAUUGUCCAAUUUGGUGUGUUAGUGAUAAUGUAAGAGGUAUGUAAUACAAGUUGGUUGUGUUAAAUUAUAGAUUGAUCAAAUUUUCUGACAGGACCAUGGCUAAUGUAACAUAUUGUCUUAACUGUAACUCAUUUAGAGAUGAAUCUGUUAAAAGAUUUAUGCAA